AAAAUUUAGACGAUUUAAUUAUUUAUUUUCCUGCAUUUGGAUGAGCAAAUUUAAAGAGGUUGAUACGCUCAGAACUAUCCCAGUCAAAACAAAGGAGUCAUACGGGAAAAGUGCUAGGUACUCUCCUUCUCUUAAGUGGAGAUCUGUAGGUUGUAAGGAAGGAGUACUCAAACACAGGACAGCUCAUCUUAAACGGUUACCAUCACAUAAUGGGUUAGUUGCAAAGAGGAAUGUAGGCAAAGGACUCAGUAGGAGCUGCCAUGAUGUCAGUGUUGCUCAUAGCGACCACCAUAACAACCAGGUGUUGCUAGGCAGCCCUCAGGCUGCACAGAAACUAGGUCAACAAAAGAACAUAAUCAAGCCCAGGCGCGAAAUAGAACCAAACAUCUUGAUGAACUGGGAAACACUUAAACAACGUCGAAGCAGCUUCCCAGCAAGGAAGAAGUCUGAAACCCGGCUUCCAGUCCUCAAACCUGGUCUGAAGAAAACCUCAUCGAAGAGUCCCAGUGUUCAGAAGCGUCAGGUGUCACCAGAAAACAGCCUUGGAAAGCCGAGAAAUACUACGCUACAGCUUCCGGAUGAAGCCGGUUUUUCGCAGCCAUUAUCUCGUAGCUUAGAGGACUUGGAGAAAGAUGAUGAUUCGGGAACAAAAGAGAAUGGAAGUGGUUGCAGUGAUAUCACAGAUGAGACUGACGGAGGAGCUGCGGAAGGGGAGUCGGCAAGAACGCGGGCUGCCAUUGAACAUAUCCAGGAGAAAAUAACGAGAACAAUGGACCAGAUCAAAGAGGAGCAAGCAACUAAGGAAGCAAAUGUGAACGAAUAUCUUCGACUCGCGGGCGAGGCUGACAAACAACAAUUACUACGCAUCAAACAAGUGUUUGAGAAGAAAAAUCAGAAAUCAACGCAGUCCCUGAGUACUUUACAGAAAAAACUCGAAAAAUACACAAAAUCUCUUAAUGACGUCCAAACAUAUGGUGCCCACAGACAAACUAAAGACAAAUUGAAGGACAUGGGUCAAGGACUGAAAGAUGUUGGGGCUAACAUUGUAGACGGAAUUACAGGGUUUUCUGGAGGUGUGGUUGGAAAUAUAAAGGGUGCUAAAGAAACAAUAGUCUCGAAGCCAAAAGAGUUUGCUCAUUUAAUCAAGAACAAAUUUGGUAGUGCCGAUAAUAUUAGCUCAAUGAAGGUGUCAGAAGAUGGUCAGAUGGAGGAGGGAGAAAAAUCUCAGGGAGGAGGUACUCUGCCAGCCAGAUUGAAGCCUCAAUAUCUAAGUAUUUACAGGGAAGUAACUUUCACUGGUAAAAAUGAAGAAACACAGGCACCUAGUUUCAAGUUUGAUUCGGAUGAGGAUAAAUCCAGUAUUACAUCAGGUUCUGGGUUCGGAGCCCACAGCAGUCCACAGUCCAACUCUCAGAAUGCCUCACAGCAGAUUGUGAUACCUCAGGCGGCGCUAGAUACUCUUAUUCAGGAAUUAAGAGAAUCGAAAGAGAGCAGCAAUAUGCUGCAAGAAAAAUUACAACGAGUUAUCGAUGAUUUCGAUGCAUAUAAGGUGGGUACACAACAGGAGCUUAGCCAUAUCAAAGGAGUUUUAGAGGAGGAUAGAUUUAGGAUAGGAGGUAUGGAAGAGCAGAUGAAUGAUAUCUCAGAACUGAAUCAGCAUCAAGUGAGCAACUUAAGACAGGAUAUGGGUAAUAUAGUGAGUAUGGAGGAGAAGAUAGAGUACCGCCUUGAUGAACGUACAGCUGAUAUUCAAGAUCUUCUUGAGAACUGCCAGACACGGAUCACGAAGAUGGAGUUGCAGCAGCAACAGCAACAGAUAAUCUCCAUGGAAAUGGUGGAGAAUGUCACGUUUCGUACGAUACUCACCAAACUUAUCAACGUUGUCCUUGCCCUACUUGCUGUGAUACUUGUGUUUGUUUCCACGUUUGCCAAUCUUCUUGCACCUUUCCUUGCCAACAGUUCUGUGAAUACUAGAGACUUUCCUAUAGCUUCUGCUCUUCUUGCUUAGCCACUUCCCUGUGGGGAUUUCAAACUCCACAAGAGAAGUAGAAUUAUGUCUCCCACACCACUGUGGUGGGAGACAUAUUGAUUUACUCCUGUCUGUGUGUCUGUCUGCCACAAAUCUUGUCCGCGCUCUAAGUCUAACAGAUUUAUUUCGAUAAUUGAGCAAAACAUAACAUAGUUACAAUACAUGCAUAUAAUAAAAUUUAUAAUCAAAUAUAAAAGUUGUCAUAUGAAGUAAUGUGUUAUGAACUAUGUCAGUCACAUCAAUAUCAAGGAUGACACAAGAAAGAGAAAAAAAAUCUCUUAUUUCCAUUGUGGUCCUUGGUACCAAUGGUCUGACAUAGAGAGGCAUGAAACAUUAACAUGAAUAUAUAUAAAAAAAUUACCGAGUUCAUUAUUAUAAAAUAACGUAUAUGUUAUGCAUAUGUAAUUAUAAUUGCUCAAUUUAUGAUUCUUAAUUAAAUGAAAGACAUAUGAAUAAAUAGACACCAAUAUCACAUCAGUAUCACAGUACAUUGUAAAAAUAUAAUUUCUUAAAAAAAAAAAAAAAAAAAAAAAUGCAUUACAACCAGGGACUAGAUAACAGUUCUUAUCCGAUCUUCACCAAACUUGAACAAAAUGUGUUUGUCAAUACGUCCUUGGCCAAGUUCAGUAACUAGCCAAAUCGGCCCAGGCACUUUGGAAUUAUGGCCCUUGAAUUACCCAAGAUACUGAUGCCAGUGAUACAGUUCUUGGUGCAUGGUUCACUCAGAUACAUAAAGAAGAAGAAAUGCCAAUUUAGAUGAUUAGGCAGUUGUGGGAGACAUGCGCUUUUCUCAAAAGCAGCAGCUCUUGUUCUCCUGUGUGUUGUGAAGAAGCUGUACAGCAUUAGGGUUAUUUCACAUUUCAUUAACUCUCAUGAAUAGACUUGGUCAAACUGAGACUUUUAUUGUUUUAUUUGUUUUAUCUGAUUGCAUUCUAUGCUUCAAAAUAUCUCAAAGGUUUUAUUUUAUACUAUGUCACUUAUUGAAAAUACAAAGAGAAGACAAUGGAUUUUAAAGCAAGUUAUAGGUAUUUCUGUCAGUUUUAAAAAAAGUAAUAUUUAAAAGUUUGUUUGGAACUGUUUAAAAUUUUUAUAUUUCCAGUGAUUAUUUUAUUUUACAAUCCAUCUCUGAACUUGUUAAAACUGCCAUUUCAUGUAGUGAACGUUAAGUUAUUAAAAUUCAUUAAUUUUGAAGAAAAGAGUUUUUUUGGGGUUUUUAGCCAAAGGAUUAUUUAAAAAAAAACAACAUUUAAAGCCGUAUAAAACUGCAUCCUUUUAAUCA